AAAAAAAAAAAAAAAAAAAAAAAAGUCGAUUCAUUAUUGGAAGGGCGUUUAGCUUGAAGAGAUCCUUCACUACUUUUGUUGUGUUGUUGGAGGCUACCAAUGGACGUGAUAGCUAGUUUCUGUUUGUUGUGAGCAAAAUUUCGAGUAAAUAUUCUGUUUUGGCUGAGGACUGUGUGAUCGCUUUGACCUCUUAGUGUAAUGAGCCGAGAUAGGGAAGGGAGAAGGGACAAGGCUUCUGAUGUUGCCAAAGUUGUGGUGGCUGUUAAGGCAGCAAAGGUGAUUCCUAAGACUGCUUUGAUUUGGGCACUUACUCAUGUCGUUCAGCCCGAAGACUGCGUUACCCUUCUUGUCUUGGCCUCUUCACAAACUAGUGGUCUAUUUUGGGGAUUCCCAAGAUUUGGUCGAGAUUGUGGCCGUGGCCUCCGGAGGUCAAAAUCAGCUUCAACGACAAACAAGAUAUCCAAGAUUCAUGACAGUUGCAGUCGGAUGAUUCUUGAACUCCAUGAUGUGUAUGAUCCUAAAACAAUCGACAUAAAUAUCAAAGUCACCUCAGAUCUCUCCUGUGGUGGAGUGGCUGCAGAGGCAAAGACAACUCAAGCCAACUGGGUGGUUUUGGAUAGACAGCUUAAUCAUGAGAAGAAGCAUUGUAUGGAACAGCUGCAAUGCAACAUUGUUGUUAUGAAGAAUUCCCAGCCGAACAUUCUCCGGCUCAACUUAGUUGGAUCGGAUGCAAGUAAAGCUAAAUCUCCACCUCCUCUUCAGCUUGGUAGCCCCGAGAAGGUGAGAGCAUUGCAGGCCGAACAAAGUUUCGAUGGAUUUAGCUGGGACAACGAGUAUCUCCGCCUUUCCACUCGCCAAAAGAUGAUGUUGCAACCUUUGAUUCGAAAGAUUUUUGGUUCAGAUGGUCAGUCAUUCGAGAAUCUUGAUGAGUGUUGCAAUCCUGCAGCUGAGAACUGCAAUUUGAGGGAAGUGAUUUCUCCGUCAAGAAGAGCGCCUCCUAGGCCUCCUCCUUUGUGCUCCAUAUGCCAACACGAGUCACCUGCAUUCGGGAAGCCUCCAAGAUGGUUCACGUAUGCAGAGCUAGAGCUUGCAACGGGGGGCUUCUCACAAGCCAACUUCUUGGCCGAGGGAGGCUACGGAUCCGUGCAUAGAGGCGUACUCCCUGAUGGUCAAGCAGUGGCGGUCAAGCAGCGCAAGUUGGCGAGUUCUCAAGGAGACAAAGAGUUCUGCUCAGAGGUCGAAGUGCUGAGUUGUGCUCAGCACCGCAACGUUGUGAUGUUAAUUGGUUUCUGCAUUGAAGGUGGAAGGAGAUUGCUGGUGUAUGAAUACAUCUGCAAUGGAGCUCUUGAUUCUCAUCUCUAUGGACAGCAUCAGGAGACGCUGUCAUGGAGUGCGCGCCAAAAGAUUGCAGUUGGAGCAGCGCGAGGCCUGAGGUAUCUUCAUGAAGAAUGCAGAGUUGGUUGCAUCGUGCAUCGCGACAUGCGGCCUAGCAACAUCCUCAUCACACAUGAUUUUGAGCCAUUGGUGGGAGACUUCGGGCUGGCUCGUUGGCAAGAAGACGGGCAGAAAGGGGUCGAUACUAGGGUUAUUGGGACGUUCGGGUACUUGGCACCUGAGUAUACUCAGAGUGGUCAGAUCACAGAGAAGGCCGAUGUUUACUCGUUCGGUGUGGUGCUUGUGGAGCUGGUCUCGGGGAUGAGGGCCGUGGACCUCAAGAGGCCGAGGGGGCAGCAGUGUCUCGCAGAAUGGGGUCGGGCGGUGCUUGAAGCUCACGACUUUGGGGAGCUCAUCGAUCCACGGUUAGGAAGCGAGUAUUUGGAGCAUCAACUUCACUUGAUGUUGGAAGCUGCAUCUUUGUGUCUUCGUACGGAUCCUCGGGAUAGACCUCGGAUGUCACAGGUUCUCCGCAUACUGGAAGGCCAAACACCCAUGCUAAUGAAAUGCCAGACUCAAAAUCAGACAGAUCAUCAAGUACAAUGUAGUAUAUUGUUAGAGUGCGAGUCGACUCCAACCCAAAUUCAAGUAUAAGUUUUUAUAUAGUUAGAUAUGCCAAAAUUCUUUUUG